ACAUCUUCAACACACAUGUUAGUCACACAACGAUUCAUUGACAGUGUACAUAAUGCUUUCAAUAUGAAAGUUUUUUGAAUAGAAAAAAAAGAAUAAAUUUCCAUUUUGCUGAAAUGGCUGCAACACGAUUUCGUUUUACGCAAUUAUUUUCGAAUAAUUUGCAACUGAUUGGUGUUCGAUCGUCGGCUAAUCUACAUCAAGCAAAUAUUAGACAAUAUCAUAUAUGUACAAAUCAAACUACUACACAUAAAUCGUCCAGAUUUUUCGGUGGACCCGAUACGAUUUUAUGCAGUAGGGCCAUUUCAACGACAUCAUCGCUCGCAGCAAAAGACUAUUACAAAAUUUUGGGCGUUUCAAAAAAUAGUUCGGGCAAAGAUAUUAAAAAAGCUUACUAUCAAUUGGCCAAAAAAUAUCAUCCGGAUACAAAUAAAGAUGAUCCAAAUGCGAGUAAAAAAUUUCAAGAAGUUUCCGAAGCAUAUGAAAUUCUUAGCGAUGACACCAAACGCAAGGAGUACGAUACAUUCGGUACAACAACCGAACAAAUGAAUCGCAAUGGUGGUGGUGGAGCCGGUCCUACCGGUCAAGGAUUCAAUCAACAUUGGCAAUACACAUCGACCAUUAAUCCAGAAGAUUUAUUUAAUAAAAUCUUUGGAAAUCGUAAUUUCAAAGGUGACUUCGAUGAUUUUGGCUUUAGCGAUACGAAAUACGGAUUUGGUGCAUCACAAGAGGUCACAAUGAAUUUAACAUUUGCCCAAGCUGCUCGAGGUGUAAACAAGGAUGUUGUUCUCAAUGUUAUUGAUACGUGUCAAAAGUGUCAAGGAUCACGUUGUGAAUUGGGUACGAAGCCCACGAAAUGUCAAUAUUGUAAUGGCAGUGGCAUGGAAACGGUAUCAACUGGCCCAUUCAUUAUGCGAUCAACAUGUCGUUAUUGCUCUGGAACUGGCCAAUUCAAUAAGUAUCCGUGUGUAGAGUGUGACGGAAAAGGACAAAAUGUGCAACGUAAAAAAGUUACCGUUCCCGUUCCGGCUGGCGUUGAAAAUGGUCAAACUGUUCGCAUGCAAGUCGGUCGAAGAGAAGUGUUCAUUACGUUCAAAGUUGAGAAGAGUAAUUACUUUAGACGAGAUGGUGCCGAUAUCCAUACAGACGCAGAGAUAUCUUUGUCACAGGCCAUAUUAGGAGGAACAAUUCGUAUUCAAGGUGUUUAUGAAACACAAACUAUUCAGAUUGUACCAGGCACCUCAUCCCAUACAAAAAUUUGCCUCACUAACAAAGGCAUGAAACGAGUUAAUACAUAUGGAAACGGCGAUCAUUAUGUACACAUCAAAAUAGCCAUUCCAAAGAAUUUAUCCAUGGAACAGAAAGCUUUGAUUCAGGCGUAUGCUGAAUUAGAAAAAGAUACACCGGGAACUGUUUUUGGCAUCACACAAAAAACCGAUGGAUCGAAAGAAUCUUUUAGCGAACCAAAAGAUCUUACCGAUAAACUUCGCGAAGCGCUAAAAAACAAAAACGUAGAAAAUAGUAUGAACAAUGGCAGUAAAAAUACAGAGGGUGAUGAACAACCGACCCAUAAAGCAUCAGAAAAUACUGAAAACGAUCCGAAUACUAAAGAAACCGACGACGAAUCUGUUAAAAAACGUGAUAAAGUAUGAUGUUCUUUUUUUGUCUUGUUCAAUAAUGUUUGUUUAAGAGAUGCUCUUUUGUUUUAAUUUUCAAAAAAUUGCAGAAAAUGUUGAUAAAAAAAUAGUUAAAAUAAAGCAAAAUAUUGUAGUAAA